AUGGAGUUCUGUCAAACGAGAGAAAUCACUCAAUCGUAUACUUUGAGUUUGAGAUUUCAGUUAAAUGAGAAUCUCAAAAUUAUGAAAUGGCUCAAAAAUUGUAUUGUUGUGGUCACUUGUUUCAACACGAUUCUCGCUGGAUUUUUGAUAAUUUCGAAUCAUGAAUAUUUGAAGGAUAACUACCCAGUUAUGGUUAAAUACUGCCAUGCUCUUUUGAAUUUGGGGAUUGCGAUAUAUGCUCAAGUAAUAUUCUUUGUCGUAACACUUGCUGAUCGUAACUUUCGAACAUACUUCCUCAGAUUCAAAGUCAUUCGAUUCUUCACUAAACCAUUCUUCGGAAGAAUAUUUCCAGAAGAUUUCAGAAGUAAAAAGAUGUUAUCAACGAGUGAAGAAACGAAUUUUUACUUCGCCAAGUUGAGUUCUCAAUGGGAUGAUCAAAUGAUGAGAAACAUGGGAUUGAACAAGAGAAAGAAAGGAAUCGUGUUCUUUUGA